AAAAAAAUUACAAGGCCGCGUAUGUUUUAUUAGCUUAGCUAAUGUGAACGAUAUUUCACGGCUGUUUGAAUACUUACAUAGGGUUGUAGCCUUAAUAGCUAGGUACAUAGCUAUGUUUAUUCGUCAUGUUUUACGAGCGCAGUUCACCAGGACCAAAACGGCACAGUUUUGUCCUUUUUUGCACGUUUGUCGAAACGAGAGGUCACUUUGCACCAAAAAUGACGAGGUGAAGCUGGCACAGGAGGCCAGCAAGAGCUACGGCUCCCCAGGCCCAACCAUCUUCUCCAAAGUGAUUGAUAAAAGCCUCCCUGCAGAUAUUAUUUAUGAGGAUGAUAAGUGUUUGGCGUUCAGAGAUAUCAACCCGCAGGCCCCUGUUCACUUCUUGGUUAUUCCAAGGGUCCCAAUUCCUCGACUAAGUGCAGCCAAAGAUAAUGACGCUCCGCUUUUAGGUCAUCUGUUGAUUGUUGCUAAAAAUGUGGCGAAGCAGGAAUCCCUCUCUGGCGGUUACAGAGUUGUGAUCAACGAUGGGGAAGACGGAUCUCAGAGCGUCUACCACCUUCACGUCCACGUCCUGGGAGGACGACAGAUGUCUUGGCCGCCAGGAUAAGAGUUUUAUUACAGUGCUGUGCAAAAGUCUUAAACAAUUCCCUCAUUUCUUUACAGAUUGCUUCAAAGGAGGCGUUUACUGGAAUCUUUUAGUGGUCUUGAGCCAUAGUUUUUUGCUCCUUCUAAAGGUUGGUGUUUGUCAGAACACUGAUUCAUUCUUUGUUUUUUAGUCUUUAAUAAUUCAUAGAUCUGUGUUAAAAAGCUUACAAGUUUCUGUAAAACAUAUUGGACCUUCAGAAAAUUGAAACUACGGUGUUGCUCAGAAUGAAACUUAAAAUAAAAGUGAUUCUUCUUUAUGAGCAAUCUUUGAAGCAGUAAGGCGUGUAUCAAGACUUUUGCACAAUAUGCACUCCUGCUUUGACGUUUUUUUGCCUCUGUAAAAUAAUUAUAAGAUGACAAUUGACAAAAAAGUUUAAAAGGAUGUCUGAAAUGUAGAAACAAAAAAUAUAUUUUUGUUUGUUUCAGUCAAAGAUGUUUUUUAAUCCAAUGCUGACAUUUCAGAUUAGAUUUUUAAUCACCUGCAACUGAUUGUUUUAGAAACCCUCAGUGUUUUUAGUCCUUUUGCAUUUUCAGCUGGGAUUAUCAGUCACUAAAGAAGUUAAAAAUCGACUCAUUAGAUUAUUUUCUUUUCUCCUCCUGUUAUCAUGUUCGUUACGUAAAACAGCAGAAAAUUAGUCCUGACGGGUUUGAAGCAAAUGUUCGACCUCAGACUUGCUGCCGCACCAGGAACUGAUAACGAUGUUCUGAAAACGAGACAAGAAGCAAAUCUUUAACUUUCCUCUCAUAAUAAAAUACAAACGUACAAGAAAUCUGGUUCAGGUGUCAACUUGGAGCAAAAUUACUUACUUUUCAUGUAAGAAAACCACAGUUUAAGUAAUUAUUGCUUUAAUUGACAGUUAAUUUUAAACUUAUAAAUGUUAUUUUAUAGUGUUCAGGCCAGAAAAACAAGCGUUAGAUUUUUUUUUUGUUUGUUUCAUAAAUGAAAAAUGAGAGUCAAAGUUCUGAAUAGGGAGGUUGUUUGUGUCGUUCGACCCAAGAACAUUCUGUUGUGUGAGCGUCGAUGCAGGAAAAUGUCACACAUUCUGAUGAUUCACUCUCAAAGCUGAAGAGCGCCUGUAAGGAAGUAUCUGUGGGAUUGUUGGAUGAUUAGAAAUGGCCAGGCUGAUGGUUUUAUUUUGCUUCAAUAAACCUAAGUUUACUGUCAGCUCAGUGUCACCUGUUUUUAUCACUGUUUAUGAUUAAAAAAAACAUCUUCUCUCCUA